AUGUCCCACACGCAACCAUCCCCCACCACCGGGGUUGCGCCGCACCAGGCGCACCUCGCGGCGCACGCCCAGGUCAAUGGCCACAUGCCUCCUAUGCCGACGCAGGGCCCCAAGGGAGUCCCGCUUUCCACAGCGCAGAAGAUCGCGGCGCUCAAUGAGCAGGUGUGGCUGCAAAUCGGCAGCUUGACUGAAUUGAUGGGCGAUCUGGAUGGCGCCAUGAACGCAUACGAGCAGGCUCUUCGCCACAAUCAGUGGUCGAUCCCUGCCAUGAACGCCAUCUCGUGUAUCCUACGCACGAAGGAGCAGUUCCCCAAGGCGAUCGAGUACCUACAAAACAUUCUCAAGCUGGACCCCGCCAAUGGGGAAACCUGGGGUAGCUUAGGCCACUGCCAUCUGAUGAUGGAUAACCUGCAAGAGGCCUACACUUCCUACCAGCAAGCCCUCUAUCACCUGCGCGACCCCAAGGAACCGAAGCUGUGGUACGGCAUCGGCAUCCUGUAUGACCGCUAUGGCUCUCUCGACCACGCAGAGGAAGCUUUCUCUCAGGUCAUGCGCAUGGCUCCCGAAUUUGAAAAGGCCAACGAGAUUUAUUUCCGCCUGGGAAUUAUCUACAAGCAGCAGCAAAAAUUCAGCCAGAGUCUGGAGUGCUUCAAAUACAUCGUCACUGACCCGCCUCGUCCCCUCACCGAAGAGGACAUCUGGUUCCAGAUUGGUCACGUUCACGAGCAGCAGAAAGACUUUGAGUCUGCCCAGGCCGCCUACCGGCGUGUCCUCGAUCGGGACCCCAACCACGCCAAGGUCCUGCAGCAGCUGGGAUGGCUCUACCACCAGCAGAGCAACAGCUAUGCUAGCCAGGAGAAGGCUAUUGAGUUCUUAGAGAAGUCGGUCAACGCUGACAACAGCGACGCUCAAAGCUGGUACCUUCUCGGCCGGUGCUACAUGUCCCAGGCCAAAUAUCCCAAGGCGUACGAGGCCUAUCAGCAGGCUGUCUACCGCGAUGGACGCAACCCUACCUUCUGGUGCUCGAUCGGUGUUCUCUACUACCAGAUCAACCAGUACCGCGAUGCGCUGGAUGCCUACUCUCGUGCUAUUCGCCUGAAUCCGUACAUCUCGGAAGUGUGGUAUGAUCUGGGUACGCUGUACGAAUCUUGCAACAACCAAAUCGCCGACGCUCUUGAUGCCUACGGUCGCGCUGCGGACCUGGAUCCCACCAACGUCCACAUCAAGGCGCGUCUGCAGCUGCUUCAGAGCCAGCUGCAGGGUGGUUCGAACCAGAACAACGCCUCGGCCCCUGCACCUCAGCCGCAGGAUGUUCACCCCCAGGCCUACCAGGAUCCUAGAGUGGGUGUACCUCCCGCGCCUCAAUGGGGUGCUCCAGCUCCGACCGGUGGUCCGAUGCCUGCCGGCCCUGCUCCUCCCCGCCAGCCUGCUGACUGGAAUCGCGGCAUUAAUGAACUGCAAUCGCAAGGCCAAGCCCCGCCGGCCAACGGUGGCCCUGGCGCUCCUCAGCAGCCAAGCCCUCGUCAGGAUUCCGCUCGACUCCCUGAUGCCGGUCGCGGCGGACCGCCCCGUUCGCCCAAGAUGGGUGGUCAAUACCCGCCUCCCAACACCCUGCCUCAGAUUGCCAACCCACCUGCGUCUGGCCAUGAACGCGCCUCGAGCGGUGGCUUUGGCGGCGGCGCUACCCGUGGCCCUCUGCCUCCCGCCCCGGCUGGUGGUGCUCCUCCUGCCAAUGGAGGUCAGGCUGGCAACGGAGCCGCCCCACCCUACAACCGUCCGUUCACUCCUCCGACCGAGAUUCGGCCGCUCCGGGAUGAGCGGCCCUCCUCGCCUGGCUCGGGUUAUCCCCACCAGCAGUUCCAUACCGGUCCUCACCAAGGCGUUACCUCUACUGGCAUUGCUUCUGGCGCUCCUCCGCCGGCUUCGGCCGCCGCGGCCGCCGAGGCUGCUGCUCGCGAGCGUAGUGAGGACCGACCGCCGUCUGCCAUGAAGCGCAGCCGUGAGUGGGAGGGCGAGUCUGGCCCCGUGAAAAAACAAGCCAACGAGGAAACCCGUGCCCGAUUGGAUGAUCAGAACAGCCGCCGCGCCAGCCCUCCUGGCCGCGCUGCUUCUCCCAACGAAAUGCAACGGAGUCCCUCGGAGAUCAAGCGUGAAGAGGUCCGUCGUGCCAAUGAGAACUACCACCCCUCCGAGGCCGCUCAUCACUCCUCGACCUUGCCUUCCAUCCAAAACAUGCCUCCUAGCACCUCGGGCGGCCCCAGUCUUCCUCCGAUGGCCGAGAGCGCUGCCUCGACAUCGAACGGCCCGCCCGAAGGGCCUUCUUCGGCCCACACCCCUGUCAAGGAGGAGGCGCCUCGCUCGGAGGCUCCUUCAUCCCACGAGCCUGCCGCUCGCAAGAUGGACGUCGAUGAGGACUACGAUGAUGAGGGCGCUGACGACGAGAAGAAGACCGGUGCUGCUGCUGCUGCGGCUACAAAGGAGAGCCCUCACGACAGCACCUCUGGCAACGCCGCCAAUGGUGAGGGCAAGGGCAGCCCGUCCAAGGCAGAGUCUUCUGCGUGA